CGUGCGGUACCGGAAAAUUUAUUCCCGGCGAAAUUUCGGUCGAGAUAGGGGGUUGAUUUCAGCGUCUUGCAUUUGUUUCAAGACUUACCGUCUCUGUUUUAAGCUCUGCAAGUGAAAAAUUUCGGGAACAUGUGAAAUUUCGGCGUUUAUAGGUCUCUCUGCUAGCUCCGGUUCCUGCCUCCAUGGCGUUCGACUGAAUUCAAGUGUUGUUCAUUCCCAUGAACCUCAGAAAACGUGAAGCUUUGAAACUCUCAUGAGUUCUCGAGCUGACGGAAAAUCCGUUGAAGUUUGCAGGAUUUCUAAUAAAUUAGUGAUUCCGGCGAAAUCUGGAGGUUUUUUGGGCGAAAAUCGAAGUUCUGGUGAAAUUUUCAGAGUUAAUGAAGCUUUUUCCAUUGCUUCAAUGGAAAUUCAGUGAAUUCCAAAGAAAAAGCUAACUCUUCAAACCUAUCAGCCAAGGCCUAUCAAUUCGAAGUUGCAGAGAUCAUUUCAAAGUCGAAGAGACCAAUUCCCACUUCACAGAGGACAGAGAUCAUUUUAAACUCCUAUCUGUGCUUUCCCGGCAACGCUAUAAAUUCCGGUCAUUUCCCUUCGCUUCCAUUUCUGGCCAAAAAUAUCAGUCACCUUCAUUCUCAAAAGCAUUUCUCUGAUGCAUCAAUGGCGACUCUCUAUCUCCCUCCUCUUCUGUUUCCUCCAUGCCAUGGCUCAAUCAAGCCUUCAAGAACCAGGUCAAGAGUCUCAAGACCCGACCGGAAAUGUAGCCAUGGCCUUCAAGCCAAGCAUCGCAGUCAUAAUCGGCGUUUUAGCCAUCAUGUUUUCCCUAACCUUCCUCCUCCUAAUGUACGCCAAGUUUUGCCAGGCCAACAAUGGCGUCGAGCUCUUCAAUCCGAUUGACCAGACCGCUGUUCUCGGUCAAACCAGAGCUCGAUUCUCAGGAAUCGACAAGACACUGAUUGAAUCCCUUCCAUUUUUCAGGUUUUCUACUCUGAAAGGGGCCAAACAGGGUUUAGAAUGCGCCGUUUGUCUCUCUAAAUUCGAAGAUCCAGAGAUUUUGAGGUUUCUACCGAAGUGUAAGCACGCAUUUCACAUCGAUUGUGUCGAUCGAUGGCUCGAAAGCCAUUCGAGCUGUCCAUUGUGCAGGCACAAAGUGCAAGCAGAGGACCUUAGGGUCUUCACUUACUCGAAUAGCUUGAGAUUAUCGAGAAACCAGUCGGAAUUGACAGAUGAGAUCUUUGUUCGAAGAGAACCGGAGGCGAACAACUGCGGAUCUUCUUCGAGGUUCAGCAUUGGAGGAAGUUUCAGGAAAAACAGCAUUGGAGGAAGUUCCAAGAAAAAACCGAGACAGAUAGAGAAAGAGAAAGAGAAAGAGUCAUUGCUUCUUCCUUCAGCUUCAUCUGAGCUUGAAAAUGGAAAUGAUUCGAAUAAUUCGAAUUUGCUCAGCAAAAUUUCAACUGAUUCGGAAUCAUUUCAUAAAUUUAAGCAUAAGAUUAUAGUCUCCGAUUUCGUAUCGAGGCACAGAUGGAGCGAUGUGAACGCUUCUGAUCUUCUCUUUCUCAACUCUGAGCUUUUGGCUUCAGUGUCGAGUAAGCGGUUCGGCUCGGUUCUGGAUUUUGGUUCGGUUUCAAGUAGAAGGUUCAAGGCAGAUGCCGACUUAGGUUCGGUUCCGAGUACAAGGUUCGGGAUGGGCUCAGACAGGGGGUUCAGGACACGAGAUUCAUCCGAUGUUGAUGUGGUCCAGCGUGGUGGAUCCAACGGCGAGAUCUUAAGGAUUCGAGAGGAGAUGGAGAGGAAGAGGAUUUUAGAGAUCAAGGCUGAGAGGGUAAGGAGGAGCCUCUCAGGUUCGGGUCUUGCUUUGAAUGUGGGCUUAGGUGAUGGUAACGAGUCGAGGCUUAUUGUGGACUCGGGUAAGAGGUCCAUGUCCGAAAUUACGAAUUUUUCGAGAGUGCAAAAUAUGAGAGGGGUCAAUUUUGGUAAUAGUGAAUUCGGGGAGGGCAAUUUGGGGAAUAGGAAGGAGGAGAGGGUGAGGAGGCUAUGGAUUCCCAUAGCGAGGAGGACGGUGCAGUGGCUUGUGGGCAGAGAAAGAAGGCCUCAAAUGACCAAACAGGACUCCAUUGUGUAGAGAGAGAUAUUACUAUGAAAAUAAUUCCACAAAAAUAAUUCCUAAAGUUUUUGUGCUCUAAUUUUUGUACAAAUGAUUAUAAAUAGUUCCUAAAGUUUUUGUGCUCUAA